AAACCCGACCACCCUACUAUUUGACCGCUCCGGCUACACUGAAAGAUCAUUGGAAAGUUUUUCGCCGGCUGUGCGAAAAAGGAGGCAAGGCAGAGUGAAAGAACUGAUUAUAUAGCUCAUUAUCGGCCGAUCGUCGAAGCAACGCAGUGGAACAAUGAGAACUGCAACUCAUUGCGCAUUUCUAAUUAUCGCGGCUAUAGUCGCCGUAUGUGGAGCUGAGGGAAGGAAGGCGGAACGCCCCUACCGGCAGAGCUUCAUCAAUCCGUAUCCUCGCUUCCAGUUCUACGAUGAUGGAGUGGAUCCCGGGGAGCCCCUUUUCCUAACGCCCCUGAUCAACAAUGCCUCCAUGGACAAGGCGGAUGUGCAGAAACUGGCCCGCGUGGUGGGUUCCCAGUUUCAUGGAGUGGAGAGCUACUCUGGCUACCUGACCGUGGAUGAAGGCUUCAACUCCAACAUGUUCUUCUGGUACUUCCCCGCCGAGCAGGAGCCGGAAUACGCCCCAGUGGUCCUGUGGCUACAGGGCGGCCCAGGAGCCUCCUCCUUGUUUGGUUUGUUCACCGAGAACGGUCCCCUGGAGCUGGACGACCACGGAAAACUGCAAAAGCGCAACUACACCUGGAGCAAGACGCACAACCUCAUCUACAUCGACAAUCCCGUGGGCACCGGCUUUAGUUUCACGGAUCAAGAUGCCGGUUAUGCCAAGAACGAGAAGGACGUUGGCCGCAAUCUGCACGAAGCUGUGAUGCAGCUGUACGAGCUGUUCGAGUGGCGCAACUCUUCGGGAUUCUGGGUCACCGGCGAGUCCUAUGCCGGAAAGUACGUGCCCGCCCUGGCCUACCACAUCCACAAGGUGCAAAAUGCAAUCGAAACGCGCACCUAUGUGCCGCUCAAGGGCGUGGCCAUCGGAAACGGUCUCUCGGAUCCACUGCAUCAGCUCAAGUACGGAGACUAUCUCUACCAGCUGGGCCUGAUCGAUGAGCACGGUCUGAAGAGCUUCCACGAUGCCGAGGCGAAGGGAGCCGCCUGCAUUGAAAAGCACGACAUGGACUGCGCCUUCGACGUAUUCGAUUCCCUGAUCAACGGAGAUCUGACCAAUGGCUCACUGUUCAGCAACCUAACAGGCUACAACUGGUACUACAACUACCUGAAGACGCACGAUGAUGAUGGCGCCAGCUUGGGUAACUUCCUGCAGGCGGGCGCCACCCGCCGGGCCAUUCAUGUGGGCAACAAGCCCUUCCACGACCUGGACAAGGAGAACAAGGUGGAACUUCACUUGAAGAAGGAUGUCAUGGACAGUGUGGCUCCCUGGAUAGCCGAACUGCUGGCCCAUUACACAGUGUGCAUCUACAGCGGUCAGCUGGAUAUUAUUGUGGCAUAUCCUCUGACUCGCAACUACCUGAACAAUCUCAAGUUCCCCGGCUCAGACAAAUAUAAAGUGGCUCCCCGUGAGAUUUGGCGUAUCGAUAACGAGGUAGCCGGGUAUGUGAAGCACGCCGGACAUUUGGUGGAGAUCAUGGUGCGCAACGCCGGGCACAUGGCUCCCCACGAUCAGCCCAAGUGGCUUUACGAGAUGAUCAAUCACCUUACUCACUACAAGCACUAGGAGAAGCGUACUUAGAGUAGUCUAUACAAUUAGUCUCCUCUAUAUUUUAAUUAAAUCUGUCUUGAACACAUCGGGUUGAGUUUUUAAAUAAAUAUGUAUAGGACAGUUGA